CUUUUUCAAGGGUUCUGACGUAAUCGAGCACGUUCGAUCGCUGGCCGAGCAAUAACAACUCUCACUGAAUCAGCAGUACCGAAACUGUUUGAUUUCCCGUCAAAAAAACGAUGAAAUGUAUGACUAAUAACAGGUUAAUAGUUUAGAAAUGGAUGCAGACAUGUUAUACAUCAUUAAAUCGUCAGUGAAAUUUGGCUAGUGAUGGUUGGGUAUAAACCACACAAGGAGAGUCAACUAACCCCGCUGGACCAUGGCCUGGCGGGGGCGUUUAGUGGAGCGGCAACCAGGGCGAUCAUUCAACCGUUAGACGUCCUCAAGAUUCGAUUCCAGUUGCAAGUUGAACCGCUGGAGGGACUGUCGUCCAAGUCUAAGUACACAGGUAUCUCGCAGGCUUGGAGAACCAUCUAUCGAGAGGAAGGAGCGUAUGCAUUCUGGAAAGGACACGCCCCCGCCCAGCUGCUCUCGGUUAUGUUCGGGAUCGUUCAGUUUACAACAUUUGAGUAUUUAACAGCAGCCGGCCACCCCUUCCUAUCCAAGGACCUGACUACGGGUCUAGGGAAACCCUUCUUUCACUUCAUGUGCGGGGGUUUAGCGGGCAGUUUAUCAACUGUAGUUUGUCAACCCAUCGACAUUGUAAGGACCAGGUUUAUUGCACAAGGGGAACCCAAGUUAUACAACACCAGUCUAGAAGCAGUGCGCUUAAUGUACAGGGAAGCCGGUGUGCGUACGUUCUUCAGAGGUCUAGUCCCUACCAUGAUACAAGUCUUCCCUUUAGCUGGUUUCCAGUUUGGCUUCUAUGCACUCUUCAAGCAUGUAUGGGAGUUUUUCCUACCUGUACACGUAGACGCUAGUGUCCAUGAAACAACUGCCGUGAAGUCAUUUACAUGCGGCGCCUUCUCCGGGAUCUGUGCCAAAACAGUAGGAUACCCGCUAGACCUUCUCAAGAAACGUCUUCAGGUUCAAGGUUUCGAGGAGGCGAGGAAGUCCUUUGGCAAGGUGCGGCGUUACAACAGCAUGCUGCACUGCAUCUCUUGCAUCGUCAAGGAGGAAGGGCUCGGGGGGCUCUACAAGGGUCUGUCCCCCAGCACCCUCAAAGCUUUUGGGACGGUUGGGUUUAUGUUUUGCUUCUACGAGAAAGCCUGCCACGUCUUAGAGACGAGGCACUCCUAAUAAUCAGCAUUGUUCUUUACGAAAGUGCAAUUCUUUAUUUGUUUUUGUAGAUUUGCCAUCCAAGAUGGACAAAAUUUACCUCGGUAAUGUGGAAUUCUGCGAAUGAAACAUGAGAACUGCAAGGACCUCCAGUCUCAAAUGGUGCAGGGAAAAAAGAAAGCAAAUUCACAUCA